AACAGAUUGUUUAUGGGCGCAUUAAUACGAACAUAUUGAUGUAAGCCGUAGUGGUUUGGGCGCAGUCAUUUCUUUAAAUUCAUUCUCUGCCCGGAAGUAAUCAGUGUUUACAACCUCUCCAUUAAAGUCACUGGUCCACGUCGGGGGUAGGCUAAAUCGCCUUUGCAAGUCACUAGGGAUGUUGUUUUUGUAACUAAAGAUUGAAACGGCUGUAAUCCUUAGGGAAAUAAGGGAGAAACUGAUCAAGUGGCAUAUGAGUUGAUGCAAAAUCGUUUGGAAAAUGUCAAACUGUGGUACUUACCAGACUCAAAUAGCAUCUAUUAUGGACGUUCUCGCUAAAGCAGCGGUGGCCGAAAUCAGUAAAGUGGUUGAGGAUGCCGUCGUCGUUUUACGUUUAGAAACAUGCCAACGACAGGACGAAAUCGAAGCCUUGAAGAGAAAUUUGGAAGUUGUUUCCAACGAGCUGCGUGCAACGCGAAGAGCUCUUGUGCGAGAAUGUAUCAAUGGGCGAUCGGUAGAUUUCCAAGUACGCGAUCAACCUGUCAUCAGCCGAGAUUGUGGGCGCAAAGGUGUGAGAGUGGAAGAGAGCAGGUGUGUUGAGGAGGAGUGCCAUAGCAAAGGACCGUCUGAGGAGGACAAGAACGCUUCGUUCAGGGUGACGGUGAAGGUCGAGAGAGAGGAUGAACGUGAAAACCAGGGGACUCGUGACAGCACAGCAGGUGGAGCGAUGGGGAACAGCAAGCUUGUGGUGGCCGGUGAAGAACUUAGUCACAUCUGGCCAACCGAUGAGGACGACAGCAACAACGACGACUCAAACAUGCGUGCGAUGGGUGACCCCUCACCCCCUCAGACUCGCACCGACGCCCUCCUGGUGUCCGUCUCCACGGCGACCUCGACGGCUGCGCCACCAGCUCCUCAUCAGAGACCACGCGUGCGAAGGUGGUGGCCGCACAAGAUGCUCCCAUUCCCGCACCUGAACACGCCAGCAAACGCACACUCUCACACACACCCUCCACCGCCUGCUCCCGGGAUGCCCAGGGGCCUACUCUCCGGCCCUGGCGUCAGGGGGUUUCUGUGGGGUCACUACAGGUCGCGGGGGACUCAGAGGUCCCAGAGGUCAUCGCAGCAGCAGCCGUGGGCACGCGGCAAGCGUCGCUUCCCGUGUGGGUACUGCGAGAAGAGCUUCGACCGGCUGAGCCACCUGGACCGGCACCGCCGCAUCCACACGGGCGAGCGUCCGUACGGCUGCUCGGUCUGCGGCCGCCGCUUCACCCAGAAGAGCAGCCUGAAGGGGCACCUGCGCACACACAGAGGAUUCUCCGUGGAUGUGUCGGACAGCACUCCUGCCCUGGAGCGCCGGCUCUCCGAGGAAGACUGGGACUCCCAGUACUCCACCGCAGCGGAGAACGACACCCAUCUGCCCACGCAGUCCGAGGACAACACCGACGCCACGCUCACGGGGGACAGCCACAUGCUCUUCACACACGCCCACGACCGCGACCGCGACGCGCAUCUCACCGAGGCGGCCCGAGUUGAGACGCACAAGCAUCUGCAGCAGCCGCCGCCGCACGCCAUGCCUCCGCUCAUCGGGGGACUGGUGGAGAGGCCGAGAGGGACGGCGGAGAUGCAGCUCGCGCACACUCAGGACGGUCACCUCGCCCCGCCAGACGAUCUUAACGUUAAUGACUUACUUAACCAGGAGGCUAACUUGCAUCGCUGCGCGCACACACACACGCAGCAUCUGACACACAUCCAGGACCCGAAUACGACUACGCCUACCUCUGCGCUCACACACUCUCAGGACUCGGCCUCCGGGCUCACACACACUCGGGAGCCUGUGGGGUUUGGAGAGUUGCAGCUGGAGCUGAAGGCUGAGCAGGAGAAGGAGGAGGAGGAGGAGGAGGAAGAGGAUGAGGUGGUGGUGGACCAGAGCCUCCACCAGGGGGCAGAAGAGUGUGCGUACGGAACAGGAGACCUGGGGCAGAUGGAGGAGUCUGGGGUAUCAGAACUGGAGUUCGGGGCAGUAGAGGAGAGUGACCCCCAGCUGUGGGCAAACAGAGGAGAGGAGUCCUACUGUGCGAAUUCGAAUGGGCCAGAGGCAGCUGUGUCCAUGCAGCUGGGCCUGCCAUCAGCACCGCCCACCUGGCCCCACCCAGGAAGUCCCGCACACAUCAAGCAGGAAGAGGAAGCGUGCCCCCUGUCAGACCCGCUUCUGGACUCGCUGGCCUUUCCCGAGGCCUCCGUCGCUGCACGCGCAGCAGCUCAACAGGACGUUACGUCAUCACUACAUGCUCACGCCUUUAUUGUGAGAGCUGCCGGAGACCUGAAGGGCAGCCCGACCCACCAAUCAGAUGUCACCGCCAGAGAAGCCCCGCCCUCGUCGUCGCUGGCGAACAAUCAGGCGUCUCCGCCGCGGGACAAGCGCCGCUUCCCGUGCGCGCACUGCGGGAAGAGCUUCGACCGGCUGAGCCACCUGGACCGCCACCAGCGCAUCCACACGGGCGAGCGCCCGUACGGCUGCCCACUCUGCGGCCGCCGCUUCACCCAGAAGAGCAGCCUGAAGGGGCACCAGCGCACGCACACGGGGGAGAGGCCCUACCGCUGCCCCAGCUGCUCUCUGGCCUUCGCCACCUCCAGCGCCCGCAACCGCCACCAGUGCGCCCCGCCUGGGAACAGGCUGGCAUACGCCUGGUGAGGAGUGUGUCCUGCCUGGGAACAGGCUGGCAUACGCCUGGUGAGGAGUGUGCCCCGCCUGGGAACAGGCUGGCAUACGCCUGGUGAGGAGUGUGUCCUGCCUGGGAACAGGCUGGCAUACGCCUGGUGAGGAGUGUGUCCUGCCUGGGAACAGGCUGGCAUACGCCUGGUGAGGAGUGUGUCCUGCCUGGGAACAGGCUGGCAUACGCCUGGUGAGGAGUGUGUCCUGCCUGGGAACAGGCUGGCAUACGCCUGGUGAAUAAAAUGCCCACUUCUGCAACAGCAUAUGCCUGGUGUACAGUGUGCACCACAGAGAAGCAGGCUGGCAUAUACCGGGUAAAUAGUGUGCCCGGUCAAGCAAGCGCAUACUCCUGGGACCAACCAUGUGGAGAUGGGUCCAGUCAGCCACCCCAUAUUCAGCACGUGUUUUGUUUGUUAGAGGUGUCUGCAGUGGUAAUUGUUGCAUUCUGCAAAUGAUCCAUUAUUUAGAACACGUGCACCUGUGGCCUGGCCGGGGAUGUGUGUGUGUUAAGUACAUGGGUUAGUGACAAACCUGGGUAAGGAAACUCAGAGGAAGAGUGGUAUGUUUCCUAUUAGAGGAGCUCUAUACUGUAGGUGCCUCUCAUGCAGCGUUUAUACGUCCUCCCUCGCUCCUUGGGCCUCGAUCCUCACUGAUCUACAUAAAGAAUGAUGGGGCGGUAACAAUGGGAUAGUCUAUCCCUUCCUCUAUCUUUCUUUAUGUAGAUCAGUGAGGAUCGAGGCCCGAGGAGUGAGGGAGGACGUAUAAACGCUGCAUGAGAGACACCCUAUGGCUUCCCUCUCCCAACCGAAUAAAGCCAAUGAACUCUUUUAAGAGACGUACUACUCUCUGAGAGUCAACACAGCUGUACAGUAUAUGCUCAAAAUACGCACUGUGAUCCCUAGACGUAUUUGAUUUUCGAACGUGUUUCAGCAAACAAGGCGAACGCCUGUACAGUAUGUCUGUGAUAAGCCAUGUUCUUGGCAAGUGAAUUUAUUUUUCCAGCCGCUACAAGAGAGAGUUCAAAUUGUCUACUGUGGCUAUAGUUUGAAUAGGCUCCUUGAUUAGAUUAGCAGUUUCAUUGAUGUAAGAUCACAAGACUUGUAAAUCUUGGUUUUGGAUUUGACUGAUUAGCUUCGCCGAUUAGCAAGGCACUUCCUCGUCGCCAUUUUCCAGAAAUACAUCAUGUCCGGUGCCGUUUUCCCAUAGUUUUCCUCAUGCUGAUUGGUGGCUGUUCCACUCUCAGCUCAUGCAUGAGCUUAGUGUGGGCACAAGCUCUCCUUCUGUACCUUACGUCAAUCAGUAACCUGGCACUUAAUUGGCUAAGUAAAACGGCACCGGAAACAAGCCCCUUGAAACGCCAUGUUGACACCUGAAAAAAUCGUUCAAUUUUGGCAAUUUUCACUAGCCUAGCAUUCCCAUUGAAAUGAAUGGGGGCGGGACUUGUUCACUUUCUCCAGUUCUUAUAAUACCCCCAUGGUCACCAACAAGCACAAACUCGAUAGGAGGGUGCUCAGUGGUAGUGGGGGAGGGGCAUGAGGGUUGUAGACAUUCAAAAUGUUGCUUAAAUCCCCUCAAAUGGCCAGACUUGCCAACAGCAGCUUUAGGUACAGUGGCACGCGGCUCCCACUGCAUGUGGCGUAGAUGACGCAAUUUUGGUCACACACACAGCUCGCACCGCAGGCAAGUGAUUAUGCCAGAGCCUUUACCCAGGUUUGUCACCACGUACUGAAAUAUACCUCUGAGUCAAUCAGACACCUACAUGAUAGGGACAAUAUUUAACAUUUUAUGUCCUGUCGCCGUGUGUGUGUGUGUGUGUGUGUGUGUGUGCGUGCGUGCGUGCGUGCGUGAGUGAGUGAGAAUUAAAGUUGGGUGUCGUGUAGUUGAAUUUAAGGACAGAACAUAUCUGGGAUGACCACAACAAAUACUUCCAAAUUCUGUGAAGUUUAUACAUUUCUAAAUGUUCUCUUCUGUGUCAGUGACACUAGAAGACUGUAACAGUAGCAAUCUGCUGUAAGAUGCAGGCUGGAAACCUCUUUAAAGUCGUUCUUUUAUUUAACAGUGCCAAGAAGGCUGAAUUGACUGUUCCAUCACACUGUCAUUUGCCCUCUGUCAAGUCUUAAUAAAAUCAUUGUUUGUGACUUUA